AUGAAUAUCCUCUCCAAAACCACAUCCCUCUUCCUCCUCAUCCUCCUCUUCCAAACCACCCAAUCAAUCAUCUUCAACAUCACCAACAACUGUCCCUACACCAUCUGGCCGGCCGCCGUCCCCGGCGGCGGCCGCCGCCUUGACCCCGGCCACAACUGGACCAUCUCCUUCCUGGACGGCCCGCGGGCCGCCAAGAUCUGGGCCCGCACCAACUGCACCUUCGACUCCUCGGGCAGGGGCCGCUGCCUGACCGGGGACUGCGACGGGCAGCUCGCUUGCGGGUCGUACGGUGCCGCCCCGCGAACCACGGCCGAGUACGGCCUCAACUCGUUCGGCCACAUAGACUACUACGACAUCUCGGUCAUGAACGGGUUCAACGUGCCCGUGGAGUUCAGCCCGACAACAAACGGGUGCACCCGGCCCGUUAGGUGCCCGGUGGACCUGACCCGGGACUGCCUGGCCCAGCUGAGGACGCCCGGCGGCCUCCGUCCCUGUCGACAGACGUGGACCAUCAACGUCCCCGCUGGCACCAGUGGAGUCCGUAUAUGGGCCCGGACUGGAUGCUCGUUCGAUGAGUCGGGCCAUGGCCAAUGCCAGACGAGCGACUGCAACAGGCAACUGCAGUGCCAGGGCUACGACGCGUCCCGCAACACCCUAGUAGAAUACGCGCUCAACCAAUUCAACAAUCUCGACUUUUUCGACAUAUCCUUAGUGGACGGGUUCAAUAUCCCGAUGGAGUUCAGUCCUGAAAAUUCGGAGGGCUGCACUCGUGGCAUCGAGUGCACGACGGAUAUCAACGGGCAGUGCCCGAACGAUCUGCAGGCCCCGGGA